AUGGCAACCAGAAAGCCAGUCACCAACAACAAGCCGCCCGGUACCGACCCUUUCUACCCAGUCCUAGUCGACUGCAUCUUCGCCGCUCAGGGUCUCAUCCAUGCCGGCUUUGGAGCUCUCAUGUUCAUGUUGCCACAAACCAUGUCCUACCCUGGCGCACCUAAUCCGCUUGAUGCCAGUCCGGAUGUAGUGAGAGCAUUUGGCGUCAUCACCCUGUGCCUCGGAGGCUUCUACAUCCAGUCCGUCUACCAGCUCAAUCGUGGGUUCCAGCAAGGCAGCAUCAUCCUACGACUCCUUACGGCCUUCAUCUUCUCCGGCAAUGGACCUACUUGGCGACUUGCGGCUCUCUGUGAAGUCGCGCUGGCGUUCAUGAGCGUGUUGGUGUUGAUGUUGGAGCCUAACGGUGGAUUCAAGCGAUAG